AUGGGCAUCAGCAAGAUCGAUACUGCAAGCAAGCCGGAUGGGGAGGACCAGCUGGCGGCGGUUCUUCCACCCGGGCCGGCAUGGUACAAGCAGCCCCAUCUGGUGCGCCUCAACCUCAUUAUCCUUUCUCUUGUUAUGUUCUCGUCCGCCAACGGCUAUGACGGGUCUCUCAUGAACGGCCUCGAAGCCCUGACCCAGUGGAAAGCUUUUAUGCACAAUCCCACGGGAGCCAAGCUGGGCUGGCUGAAUGCGAUCUACUGGCUCGGCUGUGGCAUCGGAUACCCAACGGCAGCAUGGAUUUCUAACCAACAUGGACGCAAGCCUGGUGUGUACAUUGGGUAUUGCUUCUUGACGUUGGGCUGCGCGCUCCAGACGGCUGCUCCUAAUGCGGUGGCAUUCAUGCUCGCUCGGUUCUUCCUCGGGAUUGCUUCUGCCCUGUUUGGCAACGCCGUCCCUCUACUGAUUAACGAGGUCGCGUACCCCACUCACCGCGGCAUCCUCAACUCGCUGUUCAUGUCGGGGUGGUACGUUGGCGGUACCGUCGCCGCAUGGGUUGUUUUUGCCUCCCGCACGUAUGAUUCCUCCUGGUCAUGGCGCCUCCCAUCGGUUCUACAAGCUCUCGUGCCGGUGGUCGGCUUGCCGGGGUUCCUAUUCGCCCCGGAGAGCCCGCGCUGGCUGAUCUCUGUGGGACGCGACGAGGAGGCCCGCGCCAUUCUCACUCGGUACCACGCCGCCGGCGACGAGGCAUCACCUCUUGUGGCCUACGAGUUCGCCGAGAUCAGCUCAACUAUCCGAGCGGAGCAGGAGGCCCACAGCAGCGCCAGCUACCUGGACAUGGUCAAGACUCCGGGGAACCGAUGGCGCUUGAUGAUCUCCAUCAGUUUGGGCUUUUUUGCGCAGUGGUCAGGAAACGGAGUGGUGUCGUAUUACUUGUCACUUAUUUUGGAUUCGGUUGGCAUCACGAGUGUCCGCAACCAGACGCUCAUCUCGGCGUGCUUGCAGAUGUGGGAUCUCGUCUUUGCUGCGGUUGGGGCGUUCCUAAUCGACCGACUGGGUCGCCGUCCGCUCUUCCUGGCGUCUGCAGCCAUCAUGUUCGUGAGCUACGUGCUCGUCACGGCGCUUUCCGGCUCUUUUACCGUGACCCAGCAUGCUGCCACCGGUGCUGCUGUCAUUCCUUUCCUGUUCAUCUUCUUUGCCGGCUACUGCAUUGCUCUAACACCGUUCCUGACCUCCUACCCCUGCGAAAUCUGGCCGUAUCGUCUGCGAUCCCGCGGUCUGACCGUGACCUGGGUGGCCACGAUUAUUGGCAUGUUUUUCAAUACGUUUGUCAAUCCGAUUGCCAUGGAUGCUAUUGAGUGGAGGUACUAUAUUGUGUUUAUUGUUGUGCUGCUGGUGUUUGGUGUCACGGCGUAUUUCUUCUACCCGGAGACGAAGGGAUACUCGUUGGAGCAGGUGGCGGUGAUCUUCGAUGGGGCGGCUGUGGGUGAACGAACUGUGGAGGCCAAAUUAGAAGCUGUGCAUGAGGAGUCUGUCUAG